AUGACAUCUUCAGAUGAAAAGAAAGCAGCCGUCGAUGGUCCUCAUGGACAAGUAUUCGGCGGCUCCCAACCAAGGGAUGAGUCGACGGCUUCCGGCACUGGGUUGAGAGUUGGAGAGCCCAAGACGAUGUCAGCGACAAGAGCAUACUUGCGCAUCUUCACUUAUCUUGGCCCCAGGGAAUGUGCUUUGGAGACCGUCGCCGUCGUCGCCGCGAUUGCGUCGGGCUCGGGUCUGGCACUCGUCAACCUUGUUCUCGGACGGCUGAUCACGGUCAUCACAGACUACAUCUUGGGAACCUCGGCUCAAGAUCAGUUUAUGGACGAUGUCGUCAAGCACUGUCUCUAUUUCAUCUAUAUUGGAGUAGGGCGUCUGGCUUGCACGUACGUCUACAUGACACUUUCGACGUACUCGGCCUAUCACAUGGUGCGCAACCUCCGUCGGCAGUUUCUGCGUGCGGCACUUAGCCAAAGUGUGUCUUUCUUUGACAUGAACUCGAACUCCAUUGCGACGCAGGCAGCGACGAACGGCAAUCUGAUACAGUCUGGCGUGGCAGAGAAACUAAUGCUGUGCUUCCAAGCUAUAGGCACAUGCAUCGCUGCCUUCAUCAUCGCUUUUGAGUCUUACUGGAAGCUGACCUUGAUACUGAUGUGCGUACCGCCUACCCUCAUCGUCGUUAUUGGAAUCGUGGCGAGUCUCGAGUCCAAGAUUGAAACGCGUAUGCUGGACGUCUUCUCCGACGCUGCAUCCUAUGCCGAAAGCCUUCUAUCCACCCUUCCGACAAUACAGGCGUUUGGCGCCCGACCAAGAUUGAUCACUCAUUACGAAACGUUGCUACACAAGGCGAGUAAGAUGGGUGCUGGAAAGAAUCCGUUGUAUGGUGCAUUGUUCAGCAUGGAGUAUUCCAUCAUGUACUCUGCCAUUGCACUCGCCUUUUGGCAGGGGACCAAAAUGAUAGCCAGGAACGAGGUGGCCGACGUUGGAACUGUGUUCAUCGUGAUAAUGUCCAUCAUCGUUGCGACGUUGACAUUCACCGUUAUUGCGCCUAACAUGAUCUCGUUUCAGCGAGCUGCCACAGCUGCCACCCAGCUGUUCGCCGUCAUCGACCGCAGCCAUGACACAGACCCCUUCGAUCAAGACAUUGGAGAGAUACCGGAUGAAAACUCUGUGAGAGGUCAAGUUGAUAUACAGGGCGUCACCUUCAGUUAUCCAGGACGGCCUGGGAUCGUCGUGCUUGACGACUUUACACUCCGAAUCCCUGCGGGCAAAGUCACCGCUUUUGUGGGCGCCAGCGGGUCGGGCAAGAGUACCAUCGUCGGGCUUUUGGAGCGAUGGUACGACCCCUCCUGCGGGAGUAUCGCAUUAGAUGGUCGCCCAAUCGGCGACAUCAACUUGACCUGGCUACGGACGCACAUUCGGCUUGUCCAGCAAGAACCUGUUCUUUUCAACGGCACCGUCUUUGAGAACAUCGCCAACGGACUGGUCGGCACGCCAUGGGAGAAUGCAACAUUCGAAGAACAGGAGGAACGAGUGGAAAAAGCCGCAAAACUCGCCUUCGCCCACGAAUUCAUUACAGAAAAGCUCUCGGACGGUUACCAUACCCUUAUCGGGGAGCGCGGCGGUCUUCUCUCGGGCGGCCAGAAGCAGCGAAUUGCUAUAGCCAGAAGUAUCAUCUCUGAGCCAAAGAUUCUUCUCCUAGACGAGGCCACGAGUGCGCUUGACCCGCACGCCGAAAAGGUCGUCCAACAAGCCCUGGAUAGCGUGUCGAAAAGUCGGACCACCAUCGUCAUUGCACACAAGCUGGCGACGAUCCGCAACGCAGAUAACAUUGUUGUAAUCAACAAGGGCCACAUUGUUGAGCAAGGGACUCACGACGAACUCCUUGCUGCUGAAGGCACAUACCUUCGCCUGAACAACGUCCAGGACCUUACCGUGCCUGAGAAAGACAGGGUGGUUCACAAGGAGGAGGUUACGUCGAGCGACGAAGCAGGAAAAAAGAAAGAUAGUACAGCCUUUGAAGGCGUCACAAAAUCGAAAACGAUCGAGCGUGAGCAGCUGGGGUUGUUGGCUGACCGUUACAACUUUGACAAGAUGCCCGAAACAGGAUUGGUUAGCGGUGUCGUGCAACUUAUGCAAGAAAACCCCGAACUCAAAUGGCAUUUCGUCGUCAUCGGAAUAACAUGCAUCAUUGGCGCCGGUGCUCUACCUGGUCAAUCCAUCCUCAUGGCUCGUGUAAUGGACGUUUUUCGGCUUCAACCUGACAGGCUUGAGGAGCGCGGGGCCUUCUACUCUCUCAUGUUCUUCGUCAUGAGCCUUGGUGCUUUUCUCAACUACUUCACACUAGGCUGGACCACCAACGCGGCAUCACAGAAGAUGCUGGUCAAGUACCGGAGGAAUCUACUUGAUGGCCUAUUGGUCCAAGAUAUGCAAUUCUUCGACCGGCCUGAGAACACCAUCGGCGCUCUAAACGGCCGAAUAGACUCAGUCGCCCAGGCCAUGUUGGAGCUGAUGAGCGUCAACGUCGUGCUAGUCAUCAUCACCCUGAUCACCAUCGCAGCCUGUGCCACACUGUCGAUUGCUACAUCAUGGAAGCUUGGACUUGUCGGUGUCUUCGCUGGGCUUAUCCCGCUGACCGCAGCGGGGUACACCCGUAUCCGCCUCGAGAUGCAAAUGGACCAGAGCAACCAGAAGAACUUUUCAGAAAGCGCUGCUAUCGCGUCCGAGUCGAUACUUGCAAUACGUACCGUUUCCAGUCUUGCAAUCGAGCGGCGCGUAUUAGAACGGUAUACGGAGCAACUGGAUCAGGCUAUCCGCAAGUCAGUUGUGCCCUUAGCCCAAAUGAUGCUCUGGUUCAGCUUCACGCAGUCCGUUGAGUAUUUCAUCCUGGCCUUGGGCUUCUGGUGGGGAUGCACUCUUGUCAAGAACCAAGACAUUUCCUUUUACCAGUUCUUCGUCAGUUUUAUGGGCGUCUUCUUUGCGGGAAAUCUUGCCAGCACGCUGUUCACAUACACCAGCAGCAUUACCAAGGGAAAGAACGCUACUCAUUUCUACCUAUGGGUCAAAUCUCUGCAGCCAGUGGUAAGGGAAACGCAGCAAAAUCAAGCAGUAAUCCCGCCAAGACACAUCGAAGCCAUUGGAGUCGACAACGUCAAGUUCAGCUACCCCCUGAAGCCCGAUAUGCAAGUGCUUCAAGGGGUGAGCAUUGACGUCAAAACUGGCGAGUUUGUAGCAUUGGUCGGACCCUCGGGCUGCGGCAAGAGCACAAUGAUCUCGCUGCUGGAGCGCUUCUACGAUCCGACGUCAGGAAGCAUCAAAAUUGACGGCAUCGAGUUGGCCGAGAUGAAUCCGGUUGCCUACCGAUCCCAUGUGGCCAUGGUACAGCAGGAGCCAGCCAUGUAUCCGACGAGCAUCAGGGAAAACGUACUGCUGGGUCUUGUCCCAUCCAGCCCAUCAUCUGGACUCCUAGAGACGGAGGACGAGGUCGUUGAAAAGGCUCUUCGAGCUGCCAAUGUAUGGGAGUUUGUCAGUUCGCUUCCGGAGGGUAUACAAACUCCCUGCGGUACCAACGGAUCGCAGCUAUCCGGCGGCCAGAGGCAGCGCAUUGCGAUUGCUCGUGCUCUGAUUCGUAAACCACGACUCCUGUUACUGGAUGAGGCCACUUCGGCGCUCGACACCGAGUCCGAAAAAAUUGUACAGAGCGCAUUGGCCGAGUCGGACGCCGGAGACCGGGCGACCGUGGCUGUGGCGCAUCGUCUAAGCACCAUCAGAGAUGCGGACCGCAUAUAUGUUUUCAACGGCGGUACCAUCGUAGAACAAGGAACACAUGCGAGUUUGUUGGCUCAGGAAGGCAUAUACAAGAAGCUGUGUGAGGCACAAAGUUUAGGCUCCUAA